GACAACUUCCAGAGGGGACGGUUUGUGUACGAGCAAAUAAGGGCGGUGUUGUCCAAACCUGAAAUUGUGAGGAAAGUCCCUGUUUACGCACUUGGACCGGGACUGCAAGAUAACGCUCUUCUGAACUGACGCUGUGAGCGGCGCUUUGGCGAACAGCUGACUGCGGUACAAAUGGCACUGCGCAUGAGCGGAAGUUGGUGCAGGACGGAGAGGGAUUGCGGAAGAGGGAAUCUGGAAAUCACAAACAUGAACAAGCUGAAAUCCUCUCAGAAGGAUAAAGUUCGCCAGUUCAUGAUCUUUACCCAGUCAAAUGAGAAAACAGCACUGAAUUGUUUGUCUCAAAAUGAUUGGAAACUAGAGGUUGCUACGGACAACUUUUUCCAAAACCCUGACCUCUAUGUACAGGCGCUAAAGGGAACGUUAGACCGGAAAAGGUUAGAACAGCUCUACAAUCGCUACAGAGACCCUCAAGAUGAUAACAAGAUUGGUAUAGAUGGGAUCCAACAGUUCUGUGAUGACCUGGGUCUCGAUCCAGCAAGUAUAAGUGUACUACUAAUUGCUUGGAAGUUUCGGGCUGCAACACAGUGCGAGUUCAGCAAACAAGAAUUUAUAGAGGGAAUGGCUGAGCAAGGGUGUGACAGCAUAGAGAAACUCAAAGCACAACUGCCCAGGAUGGAGCAAGAGUUAAAAGACCAUGGGAAAUUUAAAGACUUCUAUCAGUUCACGUUCAACUUUGCCAAGAAUCCAGGACAAAAGGGCUUAGACCUAGAAAUGGCAAUUGCAUACUGGAAUUUAAUAUUGGCUGGGCGUUUUAAAUUUCUAGAUCUAUGGAACAAAUUUUUAUUGGAGCAUCAUAAGCGAUCCAUUCCCAAAGACACAUGGAACCUUUUGUUAGAUUUCAGCACAAUGAUCACUGAUGAUAUGUCAAACUAUGAUGAGGAGGGCGCGUGGCCAGUUCUUAUUGAUGACUUUGUGGAGUUUGCGCGGCCAUACAUUGGCACCAAGAGUACAGCUGUAUAAGUACAUUCCUUCUGAGGGACGUCUGGACCUCACAGGGGAAAAAAAAAAACACACAGCUUCUGCUGAGCACAGAGGACUGAACUGAGAUCUGUGUUGCCUUUUCCAAGCCCUCAGGACUGAGACAUUUAUACAAACCAGAGACAUUGCAAAGGCAUCUUUUUCUCUUCAGUCAUUUAAUGGUGGUUUGGGCUUUUUAUCUUUUGCGCCGAUUUAUGUUUCGACUUAAUGCAGGAACCAAAUCAAUCUCUGUUCAUAUCCAGUUGAAACAGUUCGACAUGAGCAAGCUGUCACGGAUUCACUGACAUGUACAAUGACAUCUUAAUCCUUUCCCAGGGCUCAGAUAGGAAAUUCAUAAUCUUAAUUUUAAUACUUCAUGUGCAUUCUUGCUUUGAAUGUUUGUCUCUUUUCAUUUGGUUUUUAUGGAAAUUAUAAGUCAAUGAAUUUUGAUUGUACUCUCUUUUUUUAUGAAACAUAGUAGCUGGUGUCUUGAAAGCCAGUGAAGUUUUUUUGUUUGUUUUAUUGUGAUAAUGUACUUUUUUUUUUUUGUUGAUAUCCAGACAAUUAUUUCAUAUUGCUUGUUUGGUAUGUCAUAAUAACUGAGAAUAUUAUAUUUUACAAUCCUAGAAAUAAUAUUAAUUUGAACAUUACCUCAGUUUUUCUUGAUUAAUAACACCAUUUGAUGUAUUGAUAGUGUGUUUGCAGUCCAUUCAGCACUUUGAUAAGUCACAUAAUCCAUAAAAUAAAAUCAGGUUAUAAAGUA